GAUGAGAUAGCAUGAGUGGCGCAGUAUACACAUCCUGAAGGCGUCUGUGCCCUGAUAAUUCCACACCUGAUAACGGCAUAUCGACUCCGAACCAUAUGUUGCGCUUCUUCAGCACGCAUUCUAGUCUGUUGAUCUUGAGCAUCAGAUGGCGCUCUCGAAUAUUUUCAAACGCCUCUCGGCAACACCAGAUAGCCGUUUUGCUCGCAUUACUACGAACGACCAUAGCGCUAAACUCUGGGUAGUCACCCUACUAUCAACAAUAUAUGCAAUGCUUGUGUUGGCAAUUCGUCUCGGGUUCACGAAAUGGAGAAAAUAUGGAUUUGACGACCUUGUCGUCACGAUAGCGCAUCUUGUAGCCUUGAGCAUGUGGGGAUCGAUUUUUACAUCGCUGAGGAACGGCCUCGGGAAGUCAUACGUCCUCCUUGAUGAUACAGAGAUGUCCCAAGCGCAGCAGGGUAUCGAUUGUAGCCAUGACUACUAUAAGUUUGGUAGCGAUUUGGGCCCUGAUUGGGGCGGUGGCUUCUGCCAUCGUUUGUCCAGCCGAAAACCUUGUACCGAAACCUGGCGACAAACAUUGUAGCAGCUUCGUAAGUUUUGUUUUCAUGUUUCUAAUCUACGAAAGCAAAGGGUAUCGCGGUCUCGUUCCUGACAGUACGUUCUUCGAGAUGUAUGUGGCACUUAGCCUGUACUGAAAAGUUCAUCAA